AUGGAUUCAUUUAGAGGCGGGUCCAAAGGCGCAACAGCAGCAGUGGCAGCAGCGGCGGAGAGGAGAGGGUCGCUGAGGCAAUGCAAGGCUCGCUCACUCUUCCCUCCUCCCUGUUCCCUCUCCCUCCCCCCUGUUCCCCUUCCCUCCUCCCUGUUCCCCUUCCCUCCUCUGCUUCUCCGUCCCCUUUCCCCCAUCACCCUCCUUCCCCCACUUUCCCCCCACUUUCCCCCCACUUUCCCCCCACUUUCCUCACGUCCCCCCCUCCUCUCCCCCCCCCCCGUCCCCUUUCCUCCACCCUCUCCGCCAGGCGCAAUGGAUUCAUUCAAAGGCGGGUCCAAAGGCGCGACGGCAGUGGCAGCAGCAGCGGAGAGGAGAGGGUCGCUGAGGCAACGCAAGGUGGCGGCUGAUGUGGUGGCUGUGAUGCUGGAUGAAGGCACGCGGAAGCGAGCAGCAGCGGCGCGACUGGAGGCUCUAGAGAGUGACUAUACCGGGGUGGAUGCUGCUGUGGAUGAGGAUGAUGACGUGUUCAAUGCAGAGGAGGAACUGGUGCAAGAAGGCUUCGCACCAGCCAAGCGAGUGAGCCGUCCGGGCAAGAGGCGCACGAGACAGGCUGCUGCUGCCGUGGUGAGCAGAGCGAGCAAGCGAACUCCCAAGACGUUUGCAGAGCUGCUAGAAGAGGCACGCCCUCCUUACCUCACAGCAGCAGUGGAGCCCGGCUGCUGCCUCUGUGUAUUGUUUGUGUGCUCACCCCUGCCAUGCUUCUCCCUCGCUUCCAUGCCCCCUCCUCACUCCCCACAGGCGAAUCUAGAGACCCUGCCACCAGGCACGCCCUCCUACCUCACAGCAGCAGUGGGCCCUCCAACAGCCGCCUCAGUGCGCCGCUUCUGCUCUGCGUCGGCGGACUUGAAGCAGACGUCGGACGACCUCAGCGGCAGCGUGAAGAAAGCUGUCGGGCAGGCGGGGAGGAACGUGCGCAACUCGAUCGGCUCCAUGGUCGGAGUCCCGCCCAACAAGGGCACGAAGAAGCACCACCGCCGCGGCGGGAAGAAAACUGGGCGCCGCGGCGGGAAGAAAACUGGGCGCCGCGGCGGAAAGAAAACUGGGCUGGCGGGAGCUCGUAAGCGCAAAUCGGGCGCGGCAGCCCCCAAGACGUCCGCUGCGGGGGUUCCGAAGAAGCAGGGGGCGGGAGGUAAGCUCAACUCCGGCGCAACCCCCAAGAAGCCCGCUGCUGCCGCUGCUGGCGCGACGGGGGCUCCUAAGAAGCAGGAGGCGGGAGCUAAGGACACCUCGGGCGCAGCACCCGAGUCCCCCGCUGCUCCCGCUGCUGCAAACGAGCCGCGCGCGCUCCUCGAGGCGGCCGACAGUGAUGCCGUGAUUGACUCCGUUGACUCGGUUGACUUCGACUCCGUUGACUUGGAGGAUUCGCGGGUGCUUCUCUCGAUGGGGGAUGCAGCGGCGGACUUGAAGCAGACGUCGGACGACCUCAGCGGCAGCGUGAAGAAAGCUGUCGGGCAGGCGGGGAGGAACGUGCGCAACUCGAUCGGCUCCAUGGUCGGAGUCCCGCCCAAGAAGGGCAAGAAGAAGCACCACCGCCGCGGAGGGAAGAAAGCUGGGCGCCGCGGCGGGAAGAAAACUGGCCCCGCGGGAGCUCGUAAGCGCAACUCGGGCGUAGCAGCCCUGAAGACGGCCGCCGCUCCCGGCGCUGCUGGCGGGAAGGCGGUUUCGAAGAAUCAGGCGGGAGGUAAGCUCAACUCUGGCGCGCAUGCGCUGGGAGCAAAGGGCACCUCGGGCACAGCCCCCAAGCCCACCGCUGCCAGCAGUGCUGCGAGCAGUGCUGCCAGCAGUGCUGCACCCAGCAUUUGA